AUGGAGUCAACCGGUGCCACUUCAGGGGAAAUUCAGCAGACUCAAAGCCCGGAACCAAUUGAACCAGUGGUCAACGCUGGUUUUCCUCUCGUUGCUCAGCUGACUCAAGGAAUCGAGCUCUGUAACUGGGAUCAGUUGCAAAACAAAUAUGCCGAUGCUAUGGAUGAGCACAGUCGUGUGGAAGAAGAACUUCGUGCUCAGACUAAACAGCUACUUGAAGCUUUCACUGCAUGGUCCCAGACUACUGUGCUACAAGAUGAAGACCGGGCCUUGAAACGAUUCAAGACGCAGAUGCAGCAUGUGCAAAACUCCGAAAUGAGCAUGGAGAACAAGAAAAAUCAUUAUAUGGAAGUUGUCAAAGCAUUCCAGAGCGCUCUGGCUCUGCUCAACGAGCAACAGCUCAAGAUUUGA